AUGGCUAUGCGUUACUUGUUCUUUGUUCUUACUGUCGCAGUUUGUUGUGCCUGCAGUUGUGCGGUAACUGCAGAAGCUGAAAGUACUCCUGGUGGUGUGGCUGGUAAAACUGCUGCGCAGAAGCCUGCUAGUGAUAAGAACCUUCAUGGUGAGUCAAUGGCGUUGGAGGAUACUAAGGAGGGAACACCAUGUGAUGCAACAACGGGUGAAGGAGAGAAGCCGCAUUGCAAAGGAACUACCAAAGCGAAGUUACAUCAAGAAAAUGGUGGUCCAGGUGCGGGGAAAGAAAACAACAUCAGUACAGAUCUGCAAGCCCACCCAAUGCAACCUGGUAGUGCUGGUAGCUCGUCCACACAAGUUAGGGAGGAUCAAGUUCAACUUGAGGACCAUCAACCAGAGGAAAGUGAGGAGAGCCUGCAAGAUGGAGGAAUUAAAGAGGGCAUGGAACAGAGAGCUGAUAAUCAGGUUCAAGAACAAACUGCAAGUCCACCGCAAACAGUUACCCCUGGUACUCCACAAACUCCCAGUGAUACGGACCGAGUAAAAUCGCCUGAAGAAACACAAAGCUCUCACGAAGAAAAUGAUAAACGUGGUGCGAAUGAUGCUCAGAGAAAUACACAACCU